UGACGUCGCUAAGGCUAUAUUAAGGCGGCGUGGCAGCCGGCUCUUCCCCCUUCGGCUCUGUAGCUGUGCACGGAUCUUGGCGCUCCUCCAUCACCAUGGCAACAAUCAGCUCUCUCCGAACCCUGCGCUGCGCCGCCAGAGUGCCGCUGCGGGCUCUGCACUGUACACCGGCCCGGAAUGACGCGGUCAUCAUAUCUGGGAGGAAACUGGCCAGACAGAUCCGUCUGGAGGCUCGGGCAGAGGUUGAACAAUGGGUGGCAUAUGGAAAUAAGAGGCCCCAUCUCAGCGUGGUCCUGGUCGGAGACAACCCUGCCAGCCAUUCGUAUGUGCUCAAUAAGACCAGAGCCGCUGCUGAUGUUGGUAUCAGCAGUGAAACCAUUCUGAAACCUUCAUCCAUCUCCGAGGAAGAGCUUUUGGAUCUGAUCGGCAAGCUUAACGAUGACAACAAAGUGGAUGGUCUGCUAGUGCAGCUCCCUCUCCCAGAGCACAUCGAUGAACGAGUAGUUUGCAAUGCGGUGACCCCUGACAAAGAUGUGGAUGGAUUUCAUGUGGUCAAUGUUGGACGGAUGUGUUUAGACCAGUAUUCCAUGUUACCUGCCACGCCCUGGGGGGUCUGGGAGAUCAUCAAGAGAACAGGUAUUCCCACCCUUGGUAAAAAUGUAGUGGUAGCUGGAAGAUCCAAAAAUGUGGGGAUGCCAAUUGCAAUGCUGCUUCACACUGAUGGCAGACAUGAACGUCCAGGAGGUGAUGCUACAGUUACAAUCUCCCAUAGAUACACACCUAAGGAACAGCUGAAGAUGCACACAAAACUUGCUGACAUUGUUGUGGCAGCUGCAGGAAUUCCCAACCUCAUCACUGCUGACAUGAUCAAAGAAGGUGCUGCUGUCAUUGAUGUCGGAAUUAACCGUGUUCAUGAUCCAAUCACUGGCAAGGCCAAACUUGUGGGGGAUGUGGACUUUGAAGGAGUAAGAAAGAAGGCGAGCUACAUUACACCAGUCCCUGGAGGAGUUGGUCCCAUGACAGUUGCAAUGCUGAUGAAGAACACGAUUAUUGCUGCAAAGAAACUGCUGAAACCCCAAGAACAUCAAGUCCUACAGAAUCUACAGGCAGUCUCCAUCUAAUGCCACCUCUGUCAAUGAACUCUCUACAUUCCAAGCCCGCUCCCGUGAACAGGCCGACAUUAAAAUGCAAUAUUUGUAUUUAUUUUAGUGAAGCCGUAGGCUUCUCAGAGGGAGUUAUUUAUUCAGAGCAAACCUAUUGCUCCUUCCAUGCAGACCGGGGGGAGAAGCGGCUGCUGUGGUCCCAAAUUCUUUGCAUGAAAUGCAGACCUUUUACAUGUGCUGUUACAAGUGGCUGUUACUAGUUACUGUUACAGAUGCAUGCUAAUACCAAAGGUAAUAUUACUCUGUUUUUGCAUCCAGGAUGUUAAAAUGCAGGGAUCGAUUGUAGCCAGUGCUGGCAGCAUAUUGCUAUAUGUAGCCCACCACUGACCAGACUUGCUGUGGUUACAGUGGUCCAU